GGGUGCACAAGCAGGCAAGCAGCUCGAAACCCAAGCUAGUUCCCAACAGACACGCACAGACCCUCGACACAAGCCCAGCCCGCCCAGAGUCACACCCCAGAGAUCAACGGCGGCAUCUGGCAAAAUCUACAUGCGGCUUCGCGCCGCCCGAGUCGACGACUUCGCGACCGCUUUUCAUCGCCCGGAAUGCUCGUUCGCGUCAACUCGCUUCUCAUCAGCCCGAGAGAGAACUUGGCCACUGCGCGCUCGACGAGGGCAUCUGGGAGGGCAUCCCCUUGCCUGCUCGGGCAACCCCGCGCUGCUCAAGAGCGCCGUCGUUGGGGCUGAGAACCUGGGGCGUGCCGUCGACGACCUGGCUCGAGCAGGCGCCGUGCGCCCGCUUCGGCCACACCAGCGUCGAGGUUGACGGCCGGCUCUUCUUCUGCGGUGGCUGCGCACGUCGCUCGUGCAGCCGCUGGCGAUGCUUGGCGAGGACGGCGGGGAGUGACCUGGGCCGGGGGGCAUCUGCCCCCGCUCGGCGAGGGCAUCCUACUCGAGAGGGCCGUCGGGCUCUUCACGGGAGGGGCAGAGCCCGGGCCGUCAUGCCGACAGCGACCUGGCCUCGAGCAGCCUGCUUCGGAAUCGCGUGCAGCAUGAAGAUGCAGCGCCGGCAUGCCUCACGCAGCGGCAGAGGCCCAGCUCAACCCCGCCAGGCUCACUCCGACGGCGCGUCUCCAGAGCAUGCGCGCGGCCUCUCCUUCUUUCGCGAGUAGCAGUCGGCGCGCCGGCUGGGCCGGGAGCUGCCAUGGCCAAGUCGACGGAGCUCAGCGAGUGCUCGUCGGCAACUUCGAGACGACGUACGGCACGUGCGAUGGCUACUGCGCGUCGAUCGGGCGGACCUGCACCGGCGCCUGGGAUGAGCUUGGGGACUCGUGCCUCGUCGGUUACUCGAUGGACCGCACCACUCGAUUGGAGUCGAGCGACGCGAUCUGCGAGUGCACGGACACCGGGGUGGCGCCAGUGCUCGUCGGCAACUUCGAGACGACGUACGGCACGUGCGAUGGCUACUGCGCGUCGAUCGGGCGGACCUGCACCGGCGCCUGGGAUGAGCUUGGGGACUCGUGCCUCGUCGGUUACUCGAUGGAGUGCACCACUCGAUUGGAGUCGAGCGACGCGAUCUGCGAGUGCACGGACACCGGGGUGGCGCCAGCAAUGAACGAUGCGUCGCCGUGCGUGACUACUGCGGCCAGGCAAUGA